AUUCUUCAGCCAAGGAAUGAUAUAUUUAUCUAGGCAGCAAGUAUAUGCUGAAGAUCUGCCCUGGGAUGACUUCUCAUCUCUUUCUCAAUGUCCGUUGCAUAGUGUUCUCAGAGAUCCUGCCUUCCCUGAAUACUACAGCUGCUCUUACUCACCUGAUGUUGUUUUGAAUGUAUAUCCAGUAGAUGUCUCACAAUACCAUUCUCACUACUCACCCCAUUGUAAUGGUUCAGGAAUAGUCAGUGAAUCUGCUGAGCAAAUGUAUCCAAUCAAACAAGAAAGUAAGAAUCUUUCAAAGCAGAGAUCAAAAGACGGUGAGAAAAAAACGGACAGCAAAAGGUGUGGUGGAGAUGACUCUUCUGUCAGAGUUAUGAACAGGACUUCGUUCCAGACCUCGUGCAGCAGAGAUUUUGUGAAGCCAGACAGGUUCAAUAAAACUACAAACAAGAAGUUGGCUCAAACUCCAAAACCAGAAUCUUUCCCUGUACCCACGUUGGAAGCUAGCAUUCUGGAUAUCCACAAGUCACAGAAUUUGGGAAGAAGUGAGAUACUGAAUGUACAGCAUAGGAGUGGACCAGAAGAUACUUUUGCAGUAAGCAAAGCUUCAUCCAGCUUAACUCCCACUUCUCUUGAUAGUAGAGCACCUGCAGAUGGCUCUAGUCAGCCACACGUGUCUUGGGCCAGGGUCCUUUCACAACCUCCGAAGAAAACUCUGUCAUCACCAGCAUCUGAAGGCCUUGCCAGAAGCAAAGGGAAGCAGGGUAGUGAAGCAAAGUUUUUUCAGCAGUCAGAAACAAAAAAUGAUGCUAGUGAAACUGAACCUGAAGAAGCAUCAGAAAAGAAGAAAAAAAAGAAGAAAAAGAAGAAAAAACCAAACUCACUCACGGAUGCAGAGAAACCUCAAAAUGAAGCUAGUAUAAUACAGGAACCACCAAGGAUUGAGGAUGCUGAGGAGUUUCCUGAUCUGACAGCUGCUUCUGAUAGGAGGAACCAGCCCAGAUCUCAGAAAUCAUUAUUUACUCCUGCUUUCAGAAAGCAGUCUGAAAUCCAUCUUCAUGGAGAGCCUUGGGAUACUCGAUCUCCCACGCUGGAUGGAACUCCUAAAGUGGAUGGACUAUCAGGGAAGCAAAUUUCAUCCUCUACAUUAGAAAGAAGGAAAAUGCAGGAAACACCCAGGAGCAGUGGCAAGAAGAGUCAGAUUCCUGUGCAACUGGAUUUAGGUGACAUGCUGGCAGCCUUGGAGCAGAAGCAGCAAACAGAGAAGUCAAAACAGUCUUCUAAGCCUGUGGUGCUUUCAGUUGGUGGUGCCAUACCAUUGCUUUCUAAAGAACCUGCUACAGCCACAAAAAGUCACCGGUUAAACCAAGGAAAGAUGCCUCAUAACCCUUUGGAUUCCAGCGCUCCUUUGGUAAAGAAAGGGAAACAGAGAGAAGUCCCUAAAGCAAAGAGACCGACACCUCUUAAAAAGAUUAUUCUGAAAGAAAGAGAACAACGAAAACAGCAGCAUCUGUUAGAACAGAAAGCAGUACUGAAAGAUGAAGACACUACUUGUCACUCUACAGAAAAUACCACUGAAGAUGAAACACUUACACAGGGUAGUCAAGCAGCUGUUCCUGUAACUCAAGUUGCUGAAGGGAUUCCGAAGCACACGGGGAUCAAGGAAUCUACAGAAAUUUCUGGGGCUUCAAAGCAGCCAACAUCCAACCUUCCAAAAAUCCAUAGCAGGAAUUUUAGAGAUUACUGCAGUCAGGUACUUAGUAAAGAAGUUGACAGUUGUGUGACAGAUCUUCUAAAAGAGCUGGUUCGUUUCCAAGACCGUUUGUAUCAGAAAGAUCCGGUGAAGGCCAAAAUAAAGCGCAGGCUUGUCAUGGGUCUUAGAGAAGUUUUGAAACAUCUGAAGCUGAAAAAACUGAAGUGUGUCAUCAUUUCUCCCAACUGUGAAAAGAUUCAGUCAAAGGGUGGAUUAGAUGAGACUCUACACAACAUUAUUGACUGUGCCUGUGAACAGAAUAUCCCUUUUGUUUUUGCCCUUAAUCGCAAGUCCCUAGGCCGCUGUGUGAACAAAGCAGUGCCUGUGAGUGUGGUGGGAAUUUUUAGCUAUGAUGGGGCUCAGGACCAUUUUCACAGAAUGGUGCAGCUGACAACAGAGGCCAGGAAGGCAUACAAAGACAUGAUAGCAGCUUUAGGGGAAGAAACUGACGGACCAAGAGAAACCCAACCCAGCAUUUUAACCACUGAAUGUGAAAAAAAAGACUUACCAGAAACUGGUAGAACAUCUUCCAAGGACUCUGAUGAAGAUGUACCAAAUUACAUUAAAAUCUGGAAGAGAAAACUUGAAGAGUAUAACCCAUAUGCACUGGAACUGGAGCAGAAUGCAGCUGCUGGCAUGGUGAUAGUCAAUUCAGAAGAGCAUCAGUAAACCCAGAUCCCAUUCUGUGGG